GUUGUUGUUGUUGUUGUUGCUUCAAACAUGGACACAUAUACAUAGAGGCAUAGCUGCAAUGCAUUGUGUGUUGUGUCGUUCACUCAAGUAAAAUAGCCCACAGUUUUCAGACGCGCGCGCUACAGUAACAUUAUCCCAAAGACAAGCCGCUUUAGCUGAAUACAAACAGUGGAAAUAUACACAACCGGUGCAUAUUCGGUUUUCCAUAUUUUCACCCGAAUUUUUGGAACAAAUUCCAACCAAAUUUAUUUGGUUGUGCACGUUUUUCCCAAAAAAAACCAAUUGCAUCGUUCAUUUUUUAAUAAGUCCCAGUGAAAAAGGGUGAAAAGAAGUGAACAAUGUCGGCACCAGCUCAUAGCAAAAAGCGCGUUUGUUAUUACUAUGACAGCGAUAUUGGCAAUUAUUAUUAUGGCCAAGGACAUCCAAUGAAGCCACAUCGUAUACGUAUGACACAUAAUUUGCUGUUAAACUAUGGCCUGUACCGCAAAAUGGAAAUCUAUCGUCCACACAAAGCCACCGCAGAUGAGAUGACCAAAUUCCAUUCAGACGAUUACAUUCGAUUCUUGCGCUCCAUUCGACCGGACAACAUGUCGGAGUACAACAAGCAGAUGCAGCGGUUCAAUGUUGGUGAGGAUUGUCCGGUGUUCGAUGGCCUGUAUGAGUUUUGUCAAUUGUCGGCUGGUGGUUCUGUCGCCGCGGCUGUAAAACUGAACAAACAAGCAUCGGAGAUUUGUAUCAAUUGGGGCGGUGGUUUGCAUCACGCUAAAAAAUCGGAAGCGUCUGGAUUUUGUUAUGUGAAUGACAUUGUCUUAGGCAUUUUGGAAUUGUUGAAAUAUCAUCAACGUGUCUUGUAUAUCGAUAUCGAUGUGCAUCAUGGUGACGGUGUGGAAGAGGCAUUCUAUACAACGGACCGUGUGAUGACGGUUAGCUUUCACAAAUAUGGUGAAUAUUUCCCGGGUACGGGUGAUUUACGUGAUAUUGGUGCUGGCAAAGGCAAAUAUUAUGCCGUAAAUAUUCCAUUGCGUGAUGGUAUGGACGAUGAUGCUUACGAAUCCAUAUUCGUACCAAUCAUUUCGAAAGUAAUGGAAACAUUUCAACCAUCGGCCGUUGUUCUUCAGUGUGGUGCUGAUUCGUUGACCGGUGAUCGUUUGGGUUGCUUCAAUUUAACGGUCAAAGGACAUGGUAAAUGCGUUGAAUUUGUCAAAAAGUAUAAUUUACCAUUUUUAAUGGUGGGCGGCGGUGGUUAUACCAUUCGUAAUGUAUCAAGAUGUUGGACGUAUGAAACAUCAGUUGCAUUGGGCGUUGAAAUUGCCAACGAACUACCAUAUAACGAUUACUUUGAAUACUUUGGACCCGAUUUUAAAUUACAUAUCAGCCCAAGUAAUAUGUCCAAUCAAAAUACGACUGAAUAUUUGGAGAAGAUCAAAAAUCGCUUGUUUGAAAAUUUACGAAUGUUACCACAUGCACCGGGCGUUCAAGUACAGGCCAUUCCAGAGGAUGCGGUCAACGAUGAGAGCGAUGACGAGGACAAAGUGAACCAAGACGAACGACUACCACAAAGCGAUAAAGAUAAACGCAUCGCACCCGAUAACGAAUUCUCCGAUUCAGAGGACGAGGGUGAAGGUGGACGACGUGACAAUCGAUCAUACAAAGGCCAACGUAAACGACCUCGUCUCGACAAAUCUAACGAUGGCAAACCGGCCGCCGAAGGUGAAGUCAAAGAUGAAAAAGACACAAAAAUGGAAACAAAUGAUACUGAAACAGAAAUUAAGCCACCCGAAGAGAAGAAAGAGCCAGCUCCCGUAGCGUAAUGAACUAAAAACAAAUUUUUAAGAUAAUAGGAUAGGAAUGCUUUGCAAAUCGCGCGCACGUCUCUUUUGAACAUUUCCUCAUCUCAAAAAAUGCACGACAGCGACAAAAGCACAAACACACACACACACACAUUUUUAAGAGAAAACCAUAAAUAAAAGAGAUAUCUUGACGUAUUACUUACAAUUUUACAAUUAGAAAAUGAUGAAAACACAAGGUAUAACAACAACAGCAACAAAACAAUACAAGAAUUAAAUAAAUGAAAAGAAAAAACACAAAACAAUUCAAUGCAAGUUAUGUUUCUUUAUUUUGAUGAUGAGACACAAUUACAGGCGAUUUAAUCUGAGAAAGUUCGGUGAGAAUUUUUUUUUUCUGUGUUCCGUUGUUUUCAAGAUUAGACCAAAUGAUACUGGAUUUUUCGCAAAAGAAUAAUAUCGUAAUUUUUUUCUGUUUUUUUUUUUUGUUUUGUUUAAUAUUCUACCAUGAAAACAAUUGUAAUGAUUGCAAGAUAUAAUUUGAGAGUGAGACUUGUUUGUGUUCAUGCAUUUUUACCAGUGCGUAAAAUUACGAUUUGAAUUAUCAUUUUGGUGUUUCUCUUGUAUGCGUACCUUGAAUUUGAAGACGACCGAAAUGUAUAAAAUUGCCAAAUAACCCAAUAUUUUUUCUUAAUAAACAUCAAUGAAGAAAGAAAA